UAUUGUUUUAUAAAAUGUCAUGUCAUGAAGAAGUAUUUUUGUCAAUGAAAUACCGGAUAUAAAGUAAAUGCCACAUAAAUUCAUUAAGAUGAAAAUAUAUGUAAAUGUGUCAGUCAAACGUCUCCGCAGCCUUGUCCUUUUACAAUGUACAGUCAAGGUAAUACAAGAUGCACUCGUGUUUAUUUUUACAUUUGAAUUAUUUUAUUCCCAGUCUUUAAACUGAAUACAAUGUUAGGGAGAUCUUUAUAUGGCUAAGUUUAGCUUUAUGAAUAAAGCGCCAUUUAAAAUGUGUAUUUCAUUAAUUCAAAACAAAACAUAUACAAAUAUCGCAAGACCAGGAAACGUUAUUUGAAAAAAAAACAACAACAUACAAACGAAAAUAUUUUAAUGGUGAAAAUUCACUGUACCAGCUUGUUGUUCUCAUGUCAACCAUGAACAUGAAUGGAUUAGAAAACUCCUGAGGGCUACAACUGGAACAAGAACUAACUGUUUCCGUUACCUGCAAAGAGGCAAAGAAUUAAUCAACACCGUUAAAAGCUACAAAAAUGGCCUUCUCACUGGAAGUUAAUUCAUACUUGGUCCUGGUUUUUCUUGGAAUGUGCGUUACCUUUAUAUACAGGUAUAUGGUAGAUACAUACUCGACUCUCGAAAGGCUUGGAAUACCUGGGCCUAAACCUGUCUGGAUAUUUGGCAAUGUUCUGGAGUUUAAAGGAAAGAAUGUUUUACAUGUGUUUGACGAGUGGAAACAAACAUUUGGAAAAGUUUAUGGAUUUUACGAAGGCUUUCGACCAGGUAUUGUUGUGAAUGACGUCGAUUUUGCAAGGGAUGUCCUCAACAGACAUUUUGAAAAGUUUCACAUUCGCACUAGUUAUCGCCCCUUCGUGUAUUAUCCAGAUAACCUUCGCCUUAUCGAACUAGACGGAGAACAUUGGAAAAAUCAACGUGCUGUUAUAAAUAAAAUGGUGAAUUCAACAGGUAUUUUAAAACGGGUCAUUGAAAAAAUUCAAGUUACGUCAAACAAAAUGCUGCAGCAGUUUGCAGAUGAAGUGGAAAGUGCGACUGAAGGAUUCAACAUUUCAAAUGUAAUAGACACUUACGUGUCUGAAGGUGUGAUGCGAGUAGUUUUAAACUCGAAUGAAGAACAGAUGUCAAAACACCAAGAAUCCAUACAUAAUUACGAAGUUCUUAGUAAUUGGUCGGCGUCGGCGGAAAAUGAAGCUGCGGGUUUAGCUCGAUUAUUUCCAUGUCUGACACCACUUCUUAAACUUGCCGACAAGAAGCACAGAGAAUCACAUGAAGUAGUUGUAAAUAUUCUCAGAGAAUAUCUAAGAAAUGCUCUAACUGGUCAGAACAACAACAAAAAUGUAGACGAUGACAAUGUCAGCUUCCUACCAUUUCUCCUGUCCUCCAAGGUGCUUUGUCGGGAACUUGACGGCAGUCUUGCCCGUCGGGGCUUGACGUCGGAUGAGACAAUCGCUCAUAUAUUGUCAUUAUUGAGCGAGAUGUAUUCAACGACAACUGCGGUCAUACAGUUUAUUUUAUAUGAACUUGCCUGCAACAAAAACUGUCAAGAUCAACUUUACGACGAAAUCCUGCGCAUCUGCGGACAGAACGAAGAUAUCUCGAUGGCUGAGUUACAAAACAUGGAAUACUUCGACAUGUUUUUCAAUGAAACAUAUCGUCAUCAUCCUAUUGCACCGGGAAUAUCACGUGUUUGUACCGAAAGCUGUACAAUUAGGGGCGUGACGUUUAAAAAAGGCAUGGUUGUCCGGGUAAUGACGAGUCCUAUGUACAAGGACGAUACCUUAUUUCAUCAGCCGGAAAAAUUCAUACCGGACAGAUUUUCAAAAGUGAACAGACAAAAUCAGUCACACCAGUACAGCUUUCUUCCAUUUGGACAAGGUCCAAGAAAGUGUCCAGGCCAGAAACUAGCUAUGAUUCAAGUGAAACUAGCCAUAAUUAACAUUGUAAGGAACUACACGUUGGAUACGGGUAGACAUACUAAGAUCCCAGUACAAGAAGCGUUACGCCCGUCUUUGACGCCUGCACAUGGAGUUCACAUUAAAAUGAGUAAAAGAUUUUGAAACAAAAACGUCUUUCUGGCCAGCUGAAGGACUACUGGACGUUAUCUAGAGAACUAGAUAUCUUGGACUGUGUCCGUGAAAUAUAAUUCUAAUGUCAUGCAAAUUACAAACUUGACAGAGAGGUUCCAUAUCGGUGAUUUCACGUUUUGUUCUUAAUUUAAUAAUUUAUUACACUUCUACAAGAGACAUUUCAUGUGAUGACCUGUGUUAGUUGAAAUAAGUGAUAAGUAUGCAAGAUAUGCACGAUUUCAGAUAAAAAAUUCCGGAAGAGCAUGAGCAAACUAUGUUUAAUUUAUAGAUUAUAACUCAUUUCAGAUUUCUGUUGACACUAUUAAAAACAUUUAACAAAAUAUUGCUUGUUGUAAGUUACACAUAUUCACAGCGUGUCGAUAUAAAAAGACAAGUAUAUCGUAUAUACCUUUUGACUGAGGUCGAAAUUCAAAUCCUAUAUUCAUUUUUUAUAUCAGUAAACAAACCCAACACAUUAAAAUCUGUCCCACCAAUUUGGUGAACAUCAGUUUUGAAAUUAUGAUAUGCGUAAUGAUGCUCUAAAAUGUUUUUAUAUAAAAUAUGUUUUUUAUAUCUCUGGGCACUUUUUAUUAUUUUUCUUUUCAAGUUGAUAUGUUCAAUUUUACAAAUUUUAUGUCUGCUCUAAUAUUUUCUUCUCCUACAUUCGUGAUUAAACGAACACGUUAUAACUGUGUGAUAAACUUACCUAAUGCGGAUUACUAUUACAUGUUUAUUUUUAUUCGAGGGUGAAUACAUUUGAAUCUUCUAUCAGAUAGUAGUCAUUAAAGCAUCACGGAACUAUAAAACGUUUCGUUUCUCUUUGCCCUUUUCUCGAAUGUAUUAUUAGAAAGUGGCUUUACUUCAUAUAAAACUAUUACUUAUUCCUUCCUAGAAAACGUUCUUUGACUGAUUGGCCUUCUGCUGGACUGUGUGUGCUAAACACGGACGAUUGUUGGUU